UCUGUUUUAACAGUAGUAUCUCGUCAAAUCUGUCGAUUUUUUUUUUUUCCACCAUAUCUGCGCUCACCAUCUUCGGUGCGACGCAUGCCCCGUCCUAUCAUCAAACCACCGUCUUUGUUCGAAGGAUAGCUCUCUUCUCUCUCGUUGAUCUUUCGAUCUGAGCGACCGACCACGAACGGAGCUGGACGGAAUGCAGAGCGAAUGUCGGUGACACUGGCGGAGGGAUCUUCUCCGAUUCCGAAUUUCUUUAGUGGCUGCUAUCGGGUGCAAGAAUCCAUUUUUCUGGUUUUUUUACUUCGAGUUGGAUGAGUCGGGCUCGGAUGGAUCCGAGUCGCGACCCGCUCAAACCCUCCAAUUCCAAGUUUCUCUUCAACCCGGAGGCGCCGCGCGAAGUUCUCGCCCUCUGCUGGAGAAUUUCGCUGCUGAGUUGCCUCGCCGGGUCAAUCUCACUCGUCCUCUACUCGGCCUUCACCAACACCAGGGAAACUCACUGGCUCCGGCUCCCGGAACUCCCCCGGCCCCGACCCCGAAUUCCCGGACCCGACGGAGCCGCGCCGACCAACAUCUCCCACAUCCUUUUCGGCAUCGGAGGGUCCCUCCGCACGUGGCAUGACCGCAGCCGCUACUCGUCCCUCUGGUGGGAACCGAACUCCACCAGGGGAUUCGUGUGGCUUGACGAGAAGCCCCCGGAGAAUUUCUCCUGGCCUGAGGGCUCGAUCCCGUACCGGGUUUCCGAGGACGCCACCCGGUUCAAGUCCUCGAGCUCCAAGUCCGCACCCCGCAUAGCCCGAAUUGUGUUAGAGAGCUUUAGGCUCGAGCUGCCCAAUGUAAGGUGGUUCGUGAUGGGGGACGACGACACGGUGUUCUUCCCACGGAACUUGGUCACGGUGUUGGCGAAGUACGAUCACCGUCAGAUGUGGUACAUCGGCAGCAACUCGGAGAGCGUGGAGCAGGACGUGAUGCACGGGUACAGCAUGGCCUUCGGCGGCGGCGGGUUCGCGAUCAGCCACCCCCUGGCGGCCGAAUUGGCCGACAUACUCGACCGCUGUCUCGACAGGUACUCUCAUUUCUACGGCUCCGAUCAGAGGGUUUGGGCGUGCGUCCGCGAGGUCGGCGUGCCUCUCACCGUCGAGCGGGGAUUCCACCAGAUUGACAUUAGAGGAGACCCGUAUGGCAUUUUAUCGGCACACCCGGUGGCGCCCCUGGUGUCGCUCCAUCACCUGGACGAUGUGGACCCGAUAUUCCCGCACCGGACCCAGAUCGACGCGCUGAAGGCCUUGAUGGACCCGUACCGGAUCGAUCCGGCCCGGAUUCUCCAGCAGAGCUUUUGCUACGACCCGAACCAGAAGUGGUCGAUAUCUAUCUCAUGGGGUUACACAAUCCAGAUUUAUCCGUCGCUUGUUACGGCGAACGUGUUGGAAACGCCGUUCCAGAUGUUCAAGACUUGGAGGACAUGGGGCAACGAGCCGUUCACGUUCAAUACCCGCCCCGAGAGCUCUGACCCGUGCCGCCAGCCGGUUAUCUAUUUCGUAGAUACGGUUCGGGAGGCGGGUUGGACGGGGUCUUUGACCACUUACAAGAGAUCCGAUUCGAAAGCAAGCAGAGGCUGUGCGAAAGCAGAUUACGCUCGUGUGUUGGCAGUGGAGAGCAUCACAGUCUCGUCCAUGAAGAUGGGCCCAGACUAUUGGAACAAGGCGCCGCGGAGGCAGUGUUGCGAAAUCAUGGAUCGGGGAAGCAUAAGGAGCAGGAGCAUGCGCAUUCGGAUCAGAAAGUGUAGAGCACACAAGACGAGAGCAUCACCGUCCGACCCUUAGCAAACACGGAUCGAUCCUGUGUAACACAUAGAGAUUUGAGUCGGAGCUUCUUAGAGAGAUGUCGAGAGCGUGAUGAGACGAUGUGCGCAAAACUCGUUAGGACACCAAUUUCUCGGACUGGUACCGGAGCAAAACUGACGCGGAGCUCUAUCUUCUUGGCUGAAAAAUUACGUCCUACAAUGAGAGACAAACUUCCGGGUUGAUUGUGUGAUGCUUACUUAGGAGUAUUGACAAUGUUUUCUAUCGCGACCGGUUCGUCGUUUGGAGUUUCAGUUCGGCCAAUGCCAGAUCCUUUUCAUCGCCGAUGGUACCUUCUGCUGAAUUCUCCAUAAACACAGAAGUAGGACGAUCCCUUGCAGACCGCGUACGCUUUCUUUUUACUAAUUAAAUAGGCAAGAAGUUGAUUAAUUUCUCGUUCA